CAAUGCAUUCUGGUCCAUUCGCUGUAGAAGCUGUUCGUCGCGCACCGGAAUCUCAGGAAUUUGAGGUGUCCGCCAGUCCAGCUCGCAGAACAUCGCUGUUUUCUUUCUCUGAGAAUAGAAAAGGUUAAAAGAGCCUAAAAUGUCUCAGGCAGACAAAAUGAAGCAGGGUCAGUUCACCAACCCAGAAACCCCUGGAUAUGUAGGCUUUGCCAACCUGCCGAACCAGGUUCACCGCAAGUCGGUCAAAAAGGGGUUUGAAUUCACCCUAAUGGUUGUUGGUGAAUCUGGCUUGGGAAAGUCCACCCUGAUCAACAGUCUGUUCCUCACUGAUCUCUACCCAGAGAGAAUCAUCCCUGGAGCAGCGGAAAAGAUUGAGCGCACGGUUCAGAUCGAGGCAUCCACGGUUGAAAUCGAGGAGCGAGGGGUGAAACUCCGCCUCACGGUGGUGGACACGCCCGGAUACGGCGACGCCAUCAACAGCCAGGACUGUUUCAGCACCAUCAUCGCCUACAUCGAUGACCAGUUUGAGCGCUACCUCCACGAUGAGAGUGGGCUGAACCGUCGGCACAUUGUGGACAACCGUGUUCACUGCUGCUUUUAUUUUAUCUCCCCACUGGGCCAUGGACUGAAGCCUCUGGAUGUACAGUUCAUGAAGGCCAUUCACAACAAAGUCAACGUGGUCCCUGUUAUUGCCAAGGCUGACACACUCACCCUGAGGGAGAGGGAGAGGCUCAAGCGCAGGAUUCUGGAUGAGAUUGAUGAGCACGGCAUUAAGAUCUACCACCUCCCUGACGCAGAGUCUGAUGAGGACGAGGACUUCAAGGAGCAGACCAGGAUUCUCAAAACCAGUAUCCCCUUUGCGGUGGUGGGUUCCAACCAGCAGAUCGAGGCCAAGGGGAAGAAGGUGCGGGGUCGCCUGUACCCCUGGGGUGUGGUGGAGGUAGAGAACCCCGAGCACAAUGACUUCCUGAAGCUACGCACCAUGCUGAUAACACACAUGCAGGACCUCCAGGAAGUGACCCAGGACCUGCACUACGAGAACUUCCGCUCGGAGCGUCUCAAACGGGGCGGCAGGUUGUCCUCCCAUGGUUACAUUCUGCCUCUGUCUCCUGCGAAGGGACCGGAACCAGAGGAAAUGGACAAGGACAUGAUCUUGCAGGAGAAGGAGGCUGAGCUGAGGAGAAUGCAGGAGAUGAUCACCAAGAUGCAGGCCCAGAUGCAGAUCAAACCCGAUGGGGCGGGCGAUCACAUGUGAAACCCACCACGGUGAGAACAGGUUUGAAAGCUGUUAGUUGAGCUUCAACAGACAUGGAUGGAUGAUUGCGUCAAAGAGAGGAGCUAAAUAAGAAAAUGUUAACUGGUCCUUUUCUUACUUCUUGCCACUGUCUUUAGAUUUAUCACUUACUGGGUAUUAUUGAGUUUUCAUUAGUAUUUUUUUUUAUAUAAGCAGUGUUAAGUUUUUAUAUUUACACACAUUUUCUUUCAAAUAUUUAAUAUUGUUCAUUAUUCAUUUGUUGCAUUCUGUUUGGACCAUGCCAGUUAGUCACCGAAUGAAGUUACACUUCAGGACUUAUCUGUGGGGUAUGCUUUUGAAUAGCCGUUGCUCUUGUUUUCAGCGGUUCAGAAAGCCAAAAGCUGCUGUUCAUCCUUUUAAAUGCUGUCAUAGGAUGUCCACUAAAACCACUCUUGAACGAUCAUGUUACUGUGGCUCUGAGUUCCAAAUAGGAAAGGCCAACUUAUUGUGAGUUUGCAGAUUUCUUUUUCAUUUUUGCCUUUUGUGGAGCCAUGUAGCUAAAACUUUGUUUUUUCCCCUGCCAAUGUUGGAGGCCUCUCUAAAAAAUAUUCUGAUGUUUAAAUCGAUUUUUAAAGAUGGUGUUAAUAAA